AUGGAGCUGGAGACGCUGCUGUCGCGGCUCCAGGCGUCUGCAGGGCCCCAGGCGGCGGAGGGGGCGCUGGCGCUUCUGGAGAGGAUCCUGCAGAACGUGGCCGAGAACCCGUCGAGUCCGAAGUUCCGGCGCCUGAGCUCCACCAGCGCCAGGUUGCAGUCUGGGCUGCUUCGGCACGCGGGCGCCCUGGAAUUCCUGGCCGCCGCGGGCUUCCGGGACACCGGCGGCGGCCUCCUGGAGCUCGGGGCGGGGUCCGAGGCGAGCGUCCAGUCCGCGCUCCGCGCCGUGCGGGCGCACGGCGCGGCGGAGGUGAUUGGCGGCGCGGACCCUCUCCGGGCAGCCUACCUCGCCGCCGUCGCGGGGGGGGCGCAGGGCGCGGGCGUCGCAGAGCUCGCGGCGAUCUCGGGCCAGCCCGGCGGCCCCGAGGCUCUCCAGGUCCUGGAGAAGAUCGUCACGAACGUGAGGCGGUACCCAGACAGCGAAAAGUACCGUUGCGUGGUCCUGUCGAAGCCCGCCGGCCAGAGGCUCCGCCAGGGCCCCGUGGAGCUCCUGGGCGCGGUGCUGGGCGUGGCCGUCGGCGACGCGCUGGGCGCGCCACUGGGCGGCAAGGGGCCGUUUGAGGUGCUGGCCGCGGAGGUGGACAAGGCCGAGGAGAUGUGCGGCGGCGGGGCGUGGGGCGUCGCUCCGGGCCAGCCCACGGGCCACACGGAGCUGAUGGUCUGUCUCUCGGAAUGCCUGGCAGAAGCGCCAGCUGGAGCGCUGCCCGCGGACAGCAUCGCGCUCAGCUACGGAAGGUGGGGCAGGUCGGCGCCUUUCCGCAGCGAGCGCGCCUGCAGUCAGGCCUUCCAGAGGCCGCUGAGCGCGCAGGAACUGGUGGAACGCGCGCGGGACGUGAACCAGAAGGCGACGGGAGGCGGAGCGCUGGCGCGGUGCAUGCCCCUGGCGGCCCUGGGCGCGGCGCGCGGGUCCCCGGCGGCGGCCGCCGCCCAGGCGCGGGAGGAGGCCCGGCUGUCCCACCCCGACCUGGCGGUGGGCCUCUUGCCACCGAACCGCCUACGUGUUCACCGCCGCGCAGCUCGCGCUGAGCUCUGGGGAUCGCGCCGCCGCGAUCGGAGCACUGCAGCGGUGGCUCGAGCAGGGCAGGGCGGCGGCCCGCCACGGCGCCCCGAGCGCCCCGGAGGGGGCCCCGCGGGGCUGGGCGCACCUCUCGCGCGGCGCGCAGCCGCCCGCGGGCCAGCGCGGGGGCGGCGAGACCGAGUGGGCGCCGCCCGGCGAGCAGAUCGUGGCCUGGGAUCAGCUGGCCGCCUCGCUGGGCACGGCGCUCUCGAGCGACGAGGACAUCCCGUUCUCGUCCGCCUCCGCCGAUGCCCUCCUCAGCGGCGAG